GCAUCUACUAUAUUUUGGUCGCAAAAUAGUUGGACAAAUAUUGACUGAUUUAGUUGAUUUUUUUUCUUUUUCCCUUACAGCUAAUGGCAUAGCAUCCAUGCCCACUCUUUACACUGGAAACCCACUUUUUGUUCUAAAAGGUGAUCAAAGCAGCAUGCAGUCCAGAAAACUCCAUGCCCGCUCUCGAGGAUGGCCAUUUUGGGUUCUCUUCUCGUUCUUAUUCUCUGAGUUAUUUCAUCAAACAGUUUAAAUUCAUUGUCUCGUAGGGGUAAGGAAUUAGUGAAAACGUAACUUACAGAUACUAUGAUUUUACCAGUAGUAAAGCUAGGAACGCUUGCUCUCAAAACCUUUUGCAAGCCCAUAGCCAAUCGCCUCAAGAAGGAAGCAGGGUUGCACCCCAGGUUCCGUCAGUUCAUAAUCAACAUUGCACAGGCAAAUCAUCGAUUCACAACAACUGUGCAAAGACGCAUUUAUGGUCAUGCAACUAACGUUGCAAUACGUCCUUUGAAUGAGGAGAAGGCUGUCCAAGCUGCCGCUGAUCUUCUUGGGGAACUCUUUGUGUUUAUGGUUGCUGCAGGUGCUGUGGUUUUUGAAGUCCAAAGAAGUUCCAAAUCAGAAGCCAGAAAGGAGGAGAUGCGAAUACAGGUAUUGCAGGAGAUGAAGCAAAAAGAUGAAGAAUUAGCAAGGGAAGUUGAGCUUCUUAAACAGAAACUUGAAGAGAUAGAAGAACUGGCAAAAGGACGAAAGCUUGCAGGAUUUUUCAAUUUUAAGCAUGGCCAUACUUUGGAAAAUGGAAAAGCAAAUACAAAAUGAUCACUGCAAGAAUCGAGUGCAGCACAAAAACUUCAAGAUUUGAGGGCGCAAUACUUUGUACAAAGGCUUCAGUUAGCUCGCGUGGCAAGAUAUCAGCAUCUCACCCGCACAGCACAAAUAUUUAGAGCUCAACACAUACUCAGGGAACUUGAGAAACAAUACUCUGUUUUUUUUUGUUUUUUUUGCUUCACAAGUUUGAUAAAAGAUGAACAUUAUCUUUAAUUGUGACGAACAAAAAGAUAUUUUUUUGGCAAACUGCAUAUAUAGGUCCUUGCACUUUAAAUUCUGUUGA